AUGGGUGGUGUAAUAUCCUUCAUUUCAUUGCGACAUCAUAAUGAGAGUCAUAUGGUUCCAAGUAAACAGGUUCGUACUAGGAAUGGUGUUGUUGAAGGGUUCAGAAUCAAAAUUGAUGAUGAGAAAGAAGUCGACUUGUAUCUCGGAAUACCGUUCGCCAAACCACCAAUCGGCAACCUCCGUUUUAAGAAUCCAGAGCACACAGAAGACUGGGAUGGUGUCCGAAAAUGUGUUCGAUUUGGACCAAGAGCCCCACAAGCCGACUUCUUCUGGGAGAGGUUCACCCUUGGGGUCGGAAAAAGUGAAGAUUGCUUAUAUUUGAACGUUUUCUCGCCCACAUGGAAAGCAGAAGAAGUUACUAAUGGGCUUCAUCCAGUUAUGGUCUACGUGCACGGGGGUGGUUUUUUGAUUGAUUCAGCGGUGAAGUAUGGAGACGAAGGAAUUGCUAAAUAUCUAUGCCGUCAUGGAGUGGUUGUCGUCACAAUUCAAUAUAGAUUGGGCCUCCUCGGAUUCUUCUCCACCGGUGACCAAGUUUGUCCAGGGAAUUUGGGGUUGUGGGAUAUGACUAUGGCUUUGCAAUGGGUUCGCGACAAUGUUCAUGCUUUCGGAGGAGACCCCAGAAAAGUGACAGUUUUUGGACAGAGUGCAGGAGGUGUUAGUGUGGAUUUACUUGCACUCAGUCCACAUUCGAGAGAUCUUUUUCACCAAGUUGUUCCAAUGGCCGGAAAUGGUGAAUGUGAAUGGAGUACCGUGGGAAAAGACAGGCUGUUCAAUGCUUGCAGAGAUUUUGCUUACAGAAAGUGUUGGGACGAAAAACAAGAAAAAGAUGAAAACGCUAGUGAGAGCAUGCUUGCAUUCCUCCGAACAAAGAAAGACAAAGAGUUUGAGAAAAGAUUGCUCACUAGAAAAGGUGUUGACGUCUCAAAAAUUGGACUCGAUUUGGCACCAGUCAUCGGAAGCAAGCCGAGUGAUUUUCUUCCGAAGAGUAUUGAAGAACUGAGAAAAGAAGCCCCAAAAAAGAAUAUAAUGGUCGGCACCUGUGAACACGAAGGGCUGCUAUUUGCUAGUCUCGGGCCAAGCAACUUUGAUGAAAAGGGAAUCGACAAGUUGCUGGCACUCUUGAUCACUGAAGAAAAUCAUGAAGAUUUUGAAGAUUUAAGGAAGGAAGCCAAACAAAUCUAUUUGAAGAAGGAUUCAGAAGAUGAGGAUGAUAAGGUAGCAGCAGCAAAAGGAUAUAUUAAGUUGUACAGCGACUUAUUCGUGAAUAAUGGUACAUACAACUAUGCAGAGAAGAUGACAAAACUUGGAAAUAAAGUUUACAUGUACUCAUUCGAUUAUUGUAAUCCAAGAAGUUUUGGAAUUCUCUCCCUUCGUGCUCCAUUCAGAGCUGCCACUCACUGUACCGAACUCGCAUACAUUUUUGGAGUUUCAAUUGUUUUCAAUUACAAGUACAAUGAAGCUGACAAAACGAUGCUAGACUUGAUGACAAGAAUGUGGACGAAUUUUGCAAAAUAUGGAAAUCCAAAUGGUCAGUAUGAGGACUCCACAGUUUUCGAUUUCAAAUGGGAACCGACCAAUAAAGAACAGUUGACCCAGUUUCUGGCUAUCAAUGAAACGAAAUGCGAGAUGCAAACAGUCUAUCAAGACAACAGAGCAGAAUUCUGGAAGAAAAUCAAAAUCAGUUCGAAGAAUGUAUAA